AUGACGACUCUAAAUCAUUGGCCGUUCGAAUACGUGCUGCAGUACGUCCGGAUGCACUUGACCGGUCCGGCGAAAGAUUGGUUUUCGGGCCGUGAGUUUGCUGAUUGGCGUAUGUUCGAACAGAAAUUCAGGUUAGUUUUCGUGCGUGACGCGUGUGCGGCCGACCGCGAGGACAAAAUGUGUGCUAGGAAGCAAGCGCCGACCGAAUCUUUAAUCGCUUAUUUACAACCUAAACUCCGAAUGUGCAGGGGUAUAGGACAUUCAUUCAAAGUGUUCAAAGAUUAUGUUCUUCGCGGGCUGAGGUUUAAAGACAUGGCUUUGUACGCUGUCGAAAGGGUUCACGCAGGUGAGGAAGAACUAUUGAGUGACCUAUUGAAUUGGGAACGCAUGUGUGCGUUGCAUGCGCCCACAACCACGUCGAAGUACGUUGCCCCGCAAUUAGCGAAGGCGACACCUGCCCGUCAACUUCCUAAGAAGAAGGCUGAUGAGCCCGGAAGAUGGAAGAAAGUUUAUAAGACCUCCGGGGUGUCGAGUGGGACCCGCGAGGACGCUUCCCCCUCCAGCUGUUGGGUAUGUAAGAAAACGGGUCAUUUGUCGCAUGACUGUCCUGACAAGGUGAAGCGGAAACCCGUGUGUUUAGGUUGUGGGGUUGAGGGACACAUAUGA